AAUACGUUUCUAAAUGAUAUGACGUUAUGUCAGAGCAAUCGAUAUUAAAUCAACGAUAAAUGUAAUUGGUUUUAUUAUUUAAAUAAAAUUUGAGUCAUGCGAUGAACAAUUGUGUGUCAACAUCUCCAUCAUGGUAAAUUGAACAUGUUUAUAAUAAUUGAGUUAAAUUGCAAAAUGUGUAACGUGCACUGUUCAUGUUGGAAUAUAUAUAUAAAUAUAAAUAUAUAAUAUAAAUAUACAUAUACAUAUAGAACAUGACUUUAUUCAGUCAUUUAAUACAAUAUGAAACUUCAACACGCAAUUGAAUUUUUACUCGUCAUUUGUAUUUUGUGUCAGGUAUUGUCAUCACCAGUAAAUAAUUUCCAUAAUUAUGAUCCAAAUUCAAUUGAUCAAAAUGAAAAAAUAUUAAAAUUAUUAUAUCGUCUAGUUUAUCACACUGAAAAUAGAAUAAUUCGUUUAAAAAAUGAAGAAAGAAUACGAUUUGAUAAUAAAGUUGAUGAUGAUUUAAAAAAUAUUACUGUUAAAGAUAUCUUACAAGAAGAUAAUGAUACAUUUGACAUAAAAGAUAGAAUAUUUGUUGAUAUUAUAGGAGAAAAAAAUUUAGAUAAUGAUAAAUUAAAAGAUCUAAUUACAGUUGAUAAAUUAAAUCAAAAUAAAAAUAUAUCAGCGCUAUUUCGAUCACUUCCAAAUGAUGAUAAUCAACAUGAAGAAAAAUUUAUAAAUUCAACUCAACGAUUAUUUCAAGAUGAUAAUAAUAAUUCAACAAAAAUAAAUAUCAUUGUUGGCAUUGAUGAUAAAUUAAAUUCACAAAAUCAAACAAAUUCUUCAUUAAUAAAUCAUGAAACAAUUGAUAUACAACCAAGAGCUUUAAAAUUAGUUCAAGAUAAUAAAUCAUCAGCAUUAAAUGAUAAUAAUUCAAUAACAAAUUCACUAUUAGAAAUGAAAUUUGAUGAUGUUGCUAAUAAUCUUAUUGAUGUUCUUCGAACAACAACAAAACCAAAAAUUUUAUAAAUAAUUUAUAAAAUAAAUGUAUUGAAUAAAAAUAAAAAAUUAUAAUAAUAAACACA